AAGCAAGGACGUGAAGAUGUCUGCAUCAGGAGGUAGAGGAAGCCAAGAGGAGGAGAAAAAGCCUGCUGAUCAAGGUGGACACAUUAAUCUCAAAGUCAAGGGCCAGGAUGGUAAUGAGAUUUUCUUUAGGAUAAAAAGAAGCACUCAGCUCAAGAAACUCAUGAAUGCAUACUGUGAUCGGCAAUCUGUAGACUUUAAUUCGAUUGCUUUCUUGUUUGAUGGAAGGAGACUCCGGGAUGAACAGACCCCUGAUGAGUUAGAGAUGGAGGAUGGUGAUGAGAUAGAUGCUAUGCUGCACCAAACCGGAGGUGGACAUUAGCAUGGUUGAGAAAGCCAAUGGUCUAGAUUUGGUGCUUGUUUUGAGUUUUCUAUUUUCAUGCCAUAUUUUACGAUAUUGAUUUAGAAAGGUUGGUAGUUUCCGAUAUGAAAUUAAAUUUCAAU